AUGGAGGAAACCGCGUCAUCGGGCGUUCUGGAUCCUGCUAGGUUGGCGCAGGAGGCGCCGAAGCUGGUCCGGUCGGCUUCUCGAGCCAUGGAGGGACUGGUCACCGAGAUCCAGUCAUGCGACGGGAGCCGUCGGCCUAGGAGUUGCGACUUGAAGGUGGGCAGCCCCGAGCUUGGGCGUCUCGAGGCCUAUAUGCUCGAGAUAUGGGCCCUCUCUGCCGGCGCUGAGCCGCAGCGUGCCGGCGACAAGGCGCUGGCUCUGCAGGCAAGGGACACCCUCUACUUCAUCCAGUUCCUGCAAGACAAGAUCGACUACGGUAGGCUUCAAUCCACUCUUAGUAAUCAACCCAAAGAGCUCCUUCCCGCUCUCAUGUGCUGCCUUCCGUUUUCUGCGUCGUCGAAACCACGACGCAAGAUCACGAGAGGCAUCAAAGUUGUGAAUCAAGAAACACUCAAGAUUGGCCAUCUGCUGGAGAAGGGCGCAGGCCCAUCGCCAAACCCGCCGCGGCUGCAGUUGCCUGGUGCAGGCAGUGAGAGGGUGGUGUUUGGGCGCGAUAAGGAGAGGGAUGAUAUCCUGCAGAUGCUCAUUCAGCCAUCCCACAAGGCUGCUCCGGAGAUGAUGGCCGUCUCCGUUGUUGGUAUGGGAGGAAUCGGCAAGACCACGCUCGCUCAAAUGGUUUUCAAUGAUGCAAGAGUCAGCCACCAUUUUGGUGUCAGAUGUUGGGUAAAUGUCUCCACUAGUUCCAACAAGAUGGAGCUCGCGGUAGAGAUCUUAAGGUCAGCCCAGCCAGCUUGGGGUGGCUCUCUUGACAAGAUGGUGGAUUUCCAAAUGAUUCUGUCAGAGCUCAGUCGAUUUUUUGCUUCCAAGAUGUGCCUGAUUGUUCUUGAUGAUGUAUGUAAUAGCACAGAUGGAAUUUGGCCGGAUAUCCUCACUGCUCUAAAGUCUGCUGAGAUUGGGAGCAGAAUUUUGGCGACUUCUCGCUUCAACAAGGUGCCUCACAUGCUGAGCGCAUCGCAGGUCUACACCGUAGAUCCACUAAAUAGCGAUGAUUGCUGGGCCCUGCUCAAGGAACAUGCUUUUCCAAGUGAUCACCAGGAUAUCUAUCAAGAUCUUCAGCCGAUCGGGGAGCAGAUUGCUGCAAAACUCAAUGGAUCCCCUCUUGCUGCCAAAGUGGUGGGAGGUCUGCUGGGAGAUACAGGGAGCAAAGAUCACUGGAUAAAAAUCAUGGAGGCAGGAUUACAAGAUAACACUCUUUUCUCUGCCCUACGCUUGAGCUAUAAGUACCUGCCGGUACACCUCAAGAGAUGCUUUGCAUAUUGCAGUUUGUUUCCACGGGACUAUAAGUUUGAUCCAGCACACUUGUCCCGCCUUUGGAUUGCCGAGGGUUUUGUUGAACCAAGAUGCAAGCCUGAGAAAAGGAUGGAAGACAUAGCUAGAGAAUAUUUUGAUCAGCUCCUUUCACGCUCAUUCUUCCAGGAAGUCAAGCUUGGACCCAAGACGUACUACUUGGUUCAUGACUUACUCCAUGAUCUUGCUGCCUCUGUUGCAGAGGAGGACUGCUUCCGUAUUGAUGAUGGCAUGAACUGUGACAUCCCGCCAACAGUGUGCCAUAUCUCCGUCACCAUGAACAGUCUACCUGUUCUCACAAGCUUCCGUGGGCUAGAAAAGGUGCGCACCUUGUUAAUCAGACCAUCACUUCAGUCCUCCUCCAGUUGCCCCCAAGAGGAUUUUGCUGUAAAUUUAAAAACUAUCCUCGAGAAGUCAAAACAUUUGCGUGUUCUUGAUCUCAGUGGUUAUAACUGCAAAGAGUUGCCCUGCUGCAUUGAUAACUUUCUGCACCUCCGUUACCUAUCUAUUCAUGGCUCCAUUCAGAGGCUUCCUGAGUCGAUUGGCAAGCUUCUGCAUCUGCAAACAUUGUGCUUCACUGGGAAAUGUUACCUUGAGAAGCUUCCUGCAAGCAUCAGUAAGCUCGUCAAUUUGCGGCACCUUAUUGUUGAAACAAAGUAUACUGCAGAAUUGGUCGGCAUUGGUCAGAUGACAAACAUUCAGGGAUCACUUGAACUCCACGUUGAGAAGAGGAAAGGGCGCAAACUAGAAGAGUUGAAGAACAUCCGUGGUCUUCGUGGGUUACUAAAGAUAAAAGGUCUAGAAAAUGUAUCAAACUAUGAAGAAGCCUGCAAAGCUGAGUUGAAUAGGAAACCAUAUCUUCAUUCUCUAAAUCUGGAAUGGAGCUCCGCUAGUAGAAAUAACCCCCCUCCUGCUGAUGCCAAGGUACUUGAAGGCCUACAGCCGCACAAAGACAUAAAGGUACUAAAUAUUAGAAGGUAUUGCGGCACCCAAGUUCCCAAUUGGCUACAGUCACUGCAGCAGCUGCAUUCCUUGCACCUUACCAAUUGCAGGAGUUUAGCCAUGCUUCCUCCAUUGGGGCAUUUGGGGUCACUCAGAUACUUGCACAUGAAGGAGCUGUGUGCAGUUGACCGAAUCGGGCAUGAGUUUUAUGGCACUGGUGAUGUGGCAUUUCCAUCCCUAAGAUUCCUUGAAUUUGAUGAUUUCCCAAAGUUGCAUGACUGGUCUGGAAUAGAAGACCGAAAUUCAUUUCCAUGCCUUGAAAGAUUAGUUAUAAUGGAUUGUCCAGAAUUGGUUGAAAUUCCGGCCUUGCUCCCAGCCACUCGUGAUGUUACCAUUGAGCGUACACUGUUCAUGCCAUAUAUGAGGCUUGCCCUUUUCUCUUCAAGUACAGAGAAGCUCCAGCUGGAUGUUCACGCAACUUCAGUCCACUUCAACGGGUUACUUCAUAAAAAGCACCUAGAAGCCAUUGUAGCCUUGAACAUAAGUGGUGCUGAGCAAGUCGUUGCUACUGAAGAUAUAGCGUCCCUUUUUUCUCUACAAAGGCUGCAGCUUUGUCGGUGCAAUUUCACUGACCAUAGCUUUGGUAGGUUUCUCCAGGCUGUGCCUUGUCUGUCCUCGCUAUCGCUGCAGAUAAUAGACCUUCCUAGAGUAACAUCUCUUCCAGCAUCUGAAACACUUAGUUUCAGCACAGUGCUCACUGAGUUGUCCAUACGCAACUGUCAGAUGUUUCAAUCUAUGUCGUCAUUGCAGUCUUUUGAUUCACUGAAGUUCUUGGUGAUUGAGAGAUGUCCUAAAGUAACCGCAACAUCAUUUCCGUCAGACUUUAGAAGCCUAUCAUCUCUCAAGGUGCUGAGAAUAUCAUACUGCUCGGAGCUCCAAUCUUUACCGGCGUGUGGUCUGCCAUCCUCACUGGAAACACUUCAUAUUAUUGGGUGCCACCCGGAGUUGUCCAGGCAAUCAGGAAACAGGAAUGGAUAUUACUUUGAGAAGCUUGCAAUGGUACCUACCGUAUUGAUUCAAUGA